CGUGCGACUGGCAACCCGGCGGCCGGCGUUUCAAUGUGACGUAUCUUGUGCUGUGCGCCGUGCUCCUCCAGCUAACCGGAGACAUAUCUGCUUUCUGAUUAUUGUGAAAAUGGAGGACACUGAAUCCCAGCUGCUCUCCGAUCAGGAUCAGACUCCGGAGCCUCUCCUCAGCUCUAUGGACAUCUUCCUCUUCUCUCUAAUCGCAGGAUUGCUUAUCUACUGGUUCUUCUUCCGAAGACAACCAGAGCCUGUUCCGGAGAUGAGGCCAUUCAUUGCUGUAACGCCACAAAUACGUGAAACCAGCUUUAUUGAGAAAAUGAAGAAAACGAACCGAAACGUUGUGGUGUUUUACGGAUCCCAAACGGGGACUGCUGAGGAAUUUGCUAACAGACUGGCAAAAGAUGCCCAUCGCUAUGGCAUGAAAGGGAUGGCCACUGACCCAGAGGAGUAUGACAUGUCCGAGCUGUCUAGACUGAAAGAGAUUCCUAAUUCCAUGGCUGUGUUCUGCAUGGCAACCUAUGGAGAGGGAGACCCCACAGACAACGCUCAGGAGUUCUAUGAUUGGAUGCAAGGGACUGAUGACGAUCUAGAGGGGGUCAAUUUUGCUGUGUUUGGGUUAGGUAAUAAAACAUAUGAGCACUACAACGCCACGGGCAAGUAUACAGACAAGAGGCUUGCUGAACUUGGUGGGAAAAGGGUCUUUGACCUGGGCCUCGGAGAUGACGACAGCAACUUGGAGGAGGAUUUUAUCUCUUGGAAGGAACAGUUCUGGCCUGCGGUAUGUGAGUUCUUCGGUGUGGAGCCCACGGGAGAAGACAGCAGCAUUCGCCAGUUUGAACUGGUGGUUCAUAAUGACAUCAAUAUGAAUCAAGUGUACGCCGGAGAGAUGGGGAGGCUCAACAGCUUUCAGACACAGAAACCACCGUUUGAUUCAAAGAAUCCUUUCCUUGCACCUGUGAAUGUUAAUCGUAAGCUGAACAAAGGAGGAAACCGUCAUCUGAUGCACGUCGAGUUAGAUCUCACUGACUCUAAAAUCAGAUAUGAUUCUGGAGACCAUGUUGCUGUUUACCCCACAAAUGAUACGUCGGUGGUCAACAGACUAGGAGAAAGACUUGGAGUGGAUCUCGAUACUGUAAUCUCUCUCAAAAAUCUGGAUGAGGAGUCCAAUAAAAAGCAUCCGUUCCCCUGUCCAACCACAUACCGCACGGCGCUGACCCAUUACCUUGACAUCAAUAACAUGCCCCGUACAAAUGUGCUGUAUGAGCUGGCGCAGUACGCCUCCGAUCCCCAAGAACAAGAGAACAUGCGCAAGAUGGCGUCUGCCUCCUCUGAAGGAAAGGCUCUCUACCAGAGUUGGGUUGUGGAUUCGGAGAGGAACAUACUGGCUAUUCUAGAGGAUCUCCCUUCCCUGAACCCUCCUAUAGAUCACCUGUGUGAGCUGCUGCCUCGACUUCAGGCUCGAUACUACUCCAUCGCCUCCUCCGGCAAGGUCCAUUCAAACUCUAUCCACAUCUGUGCUGUAGUGAUAGAGUACACCACCAAGACAGGAAGAGUCUUCAAAGGUGUGGCCACUAACUGGCUCAAGAACAAAGAUGUGACCGAUAACGGUCACAAGCCCACCGUUCCCAUGUAUGUUAGGAGAUCCCAGUUCCGCCUGCCUUUCAAAGCCAGUAAUCCUGUAAUCAUGAUCGGGCCUGGAACUGGCAUCGCCCCCUUCAUGGGCUUCAUCCAGGAGAGAGCAUGGCAGAAGGAUCAAGGGAAGGAUGUUGGUGAGACGAUACUUUACUUUGGGUGUCGCCAUAGGAACGAGGACUUCCUGUAUCAGCAGGAACUGGAGGAUUUUGAGAGGGCGGGUGUGCUGACACAACUUAACGUUGCUUUUUCCAGAGACCAGGAGCACAAGAUCUAUGUGCAACAUCUUCUGAAGAAAAACAAGGAGCAGUUGUGGAAGCUCAUUCAUUCAAAUAAUGCCCAUAUCUAUGUUUGUGGAGAUGCACGUAACAUGGCUCGGGAUGUUCAUGCAGCCUUCUAUGAGAUUGCAGAGGAGAUGGGCGGCCUGACACACACUCAAGCUGUGGACUAUUUCAAGAAGCUGAUGACCAAGGGCCGUUACUCUCAGGACGUUUGGAGCUAAGCUUACUGAUAACUCCAGAUGUUUGGAGCUAAGCCACUUUACCUCAGAUGAUAAUUUCUUCAAAAGCAAGAGCUAAAACAUCCAAUUUGCCUGGACUGAUGUAUUGCUGUCAGGUUGUUUGUCUCAGUUAUACAAUAGUUUUGAUUAACUAACAUAAUGCACAUGGCCGAGAUCAGA